AUGUUAACGGAACAUGCUAAAGUUUGCGAGAAAAAAUUAAAAACAACCGAAUUAAAAUUGAACAAGAUCAUAAAUAAAAUUGAUACGCUUAAACUAAAUAAUUAUUAUCUUUCCAAUUUAAAUGUUUCGGCUAAUAAAAGAUGGAGUAUACGUGUUUUGAAUGGCGCGUUAAAAAAAUGUUUGCUAUUUUGUACAAUUUUGCUUUUAGUAGUUGGUGUGUGGUGGAUUUCUUUUGAUCCUUAUACAAAUCGUUGCCUCCUCUCUCUGCCUCUUGACACCAAGUCCCUAUUUCGGUCGCCAGAAGACUGCUCGAUGUGUAUCGGCGUCAAUGACGUGACUCGUCUCGCUAAUACUAGCUCGGAGGAAUUUGAAGACCUAUAUGCAUACACAACCCGACCUAUUAUAGUGACCGAUGCAACUAACGACUGGAAGGCAAUGGAGACUUUCAAUUUCAAUUUUUUCGCUAACUUCUACCAAAACAACAAGAUGGGAAGAAAAAUUAACGAUUGCUUCUAUUUCGCCUAUAAGUCUGGCUUAAAUUCUUUAAGCCAAGUGUUUAACAUGGAUGAGAAGAGGGCCAACCUGUCCGGAGAGCCUUGGUACGUUGGCUGGAGUACUUGCCACGAAGAAGAGACAAGGCUUCUGAGGCAGUAUUACAAUAGACCAUAUUUCUUACCAAGAACUGCUGAAAGCGAUAUGGUAGAUUGGAUAUUUAUGGGUGGGCCGGGACAAGGAGCUCACAUGCAUGUGGAUUCAGUACGUCACAUGUCAUGGCAAGCGCAGGUGCGCGGACGCAAGCAGUGGCAGCUCGCGCCGCCACCUGAAUGCCUUUACUCGUGUCGAUGGAUUACUUUCACAGUGGAACCUGGAGAGAUUUUGGUAGUGGACACAAAUCGUUGGUACCACAAAACAAACGUCCUUCCCGGAGACAUCAGCAUUACUAUCGGAGCUGAAUAUGAU